UGUCAAUCUGCCAUCUGCCCCUCCUCUUGUCUUCUAGCCAUCCUUGGCUGAGAGACUCUCUAUCAUGGCCUCAGGGACCCAUAAAAAGUCUCACCAGAGUAAGAAGAGUAGGAGCAAGGCCCAGGAGAAAUUUGCCAACAUGUUUCCAUACAGGCUGUCUUGGCUGACGGAGCCCAGCCCAGAGGCCCUGCAAAACUGGGAGGCCACAAGCAGCCUGGCCAAGGAGCAGCUGCCCCUGCAGAAGAGGCUGGUACCCACGCGGUCCAUCCCAGUUCGAGGGCUUGGCGCUCCAGAUUUUACACAAUCGUCCAGCCCCCCGCCACCACCGUCUCCACUGUGCUACCUCUGGGAACUCAAGUUACUGAACCACCGCUUCUCCAGACAAGGUGCCCCCAGGCUGGGCCCCGCUCCAGCAGAUUCUGAGCACCCCUACACCAAUGAGGCACCAGGCCUGUCCACAGGCCUCUACUAG